UAUGUUGUUCCGGUUUUACGAGCCCCAGAAGGGAAACAUCUACAUCGCUGGACAGAACAUCAGAGACGUUGGACUGGACAGUCUGCGACGGGCCUUAGGGGUGGUACCACAGGAUGCAGUGCUCUUCCACAACACCAUCUUCUACAACCUUCAGUACGGGAACAUCAACGCCACGCCAGAGGAGGUGUACCAGGUGGCACGGCUGGCAGGGAUCCACGAUGCCAUCCUUAGGAUGCCCCACGGAUACGACACUCAGGUCGGCGAGAGGGGACUCAAACUGUCAGGUGGGGAGAAGCAACGUGUGGCCAUAGCCAGGGCCAUUCUGAAGAACCUCCUAUCCUGCUGUAUGAUGAAGCUACGUCCUCACUGGACUCUAUCACUGAGGAGAACAUUCUUAGUUCCAUGAAGGGUCUGGUCCAGGACCGGACGUCGGUGUUCAUCGCUCACAGACUGUCCACCAUCGUAGACGCAGACGAGAUCAUCGUACUCAACAAGGUAAGAAGACCUUCUCAUAGUGAUU